CGUGAAGCGUCCAGAAUCCGCCAGAAGGCGCUUUGUGGAUAUAAAGCUGCGGGUCCGAGAGCAGAGAAACAUCCGAGGAGAAGAAGCUGAUCCAUCUCUUCACAGCUCGGACCUGCAGCUUCAGCCGCAAGUAGGAACUUCAUUCUGAGGGAAUAAUCACCUGUGGAGACUUGUCUGAAUUCAGAAACAGCUGAGAUGAGUUCAGGUGGCGGCGUGGCGGUCGGCAUCGACCUGGGCACCACCUACUCCUGCGUGGGCGUGUUCCAACACGGGAAGGUGGAGAUCCUGGCCAACGAGCAGGGCAACCGCACCACGCCCAGCUACGUGGCCUUCACCGACACCGAGAGGCUGAUCGGGGACGCGGCCAAGAACCAGGCGGCCCUGAACCCCAGCAACACCGUGUUCGACGCCAAGAGGCUGCUGGGCAGGAGGCUGGAGGACCCGGCCCUGCAGGCCGACAUGAAGCACUGGCCCUUCCAGGUGGUGUCGGACGGGGGGAGGCCCCGAGUCCAGGUGGAGUACCGGGGGGAGGACAAGAGCUUCUCCCCCGAGGAGAUCUCCUCCAUGGUGCUGGUGAAGAUGAAGGAGACGGCCGAGGCCCAUCUGGGACAGAAGGUGUCCGACGCCGUCAUCACCGUGCCGGCGUACUUCAACGACUCCCAGCGUCAGGCCACCAAAGAUGCGGGCGUCAUCGCGGGACUCAACGUCCUGCGGAUCCUCAACGAGCCGACGGCGGCCGCCAUCGCGUACGGGCUGGACAACACGGGCUCGGGGGAACGGAACGUCCUGAUCUUCGACCUGGGCGGCGGCACCUUCGACGUGUCCGUCCUCACCAUCGAGGGCGGCGUGUUCGAGGUGAAGGCCACGGCCGGAGACACCCACCUGGGCGGGGAGGACUUCGACAACCGCCUGGUGGACCACCUGGUGGCGGAGUUCCGGAGGAAGCACCGGCAGGACGUGAGCCAGAACAAGAGGGCGCUGAGGAGGCUGCGCACGGCGGCCGAACGCGCCAAGAGGACCCUGUCCUCCAGCUCCCAGGCCGGCGUGGAGGUGGACUCCCUGUUCCAGGGCCUGGACUUCUACACCUCCGUCACCAGAGCUCGCUUCGAGGAGCUGUGCUCCGACCUGUUCAGGGCAACGCUGGAGCCCGUGGAGAAGGCCCUGAGGGACGCCAGGAUGGACAAGGCCCAGAUCCAGGACGUGGUCCUGGUGGGAGGCUCCACCCGCAUCCCCAAGAUCCAGAAACUGCUGCAGGAAUUCUUCAACGGCCGCGAGCUGAACAAGAGCAUCAACCCGGACGAGGCGGUGGCCUACGGCGCCGCCGUGCAGGCCGCCGUCCUCACGGGCGACGCCUCGGCCAACGUGCAGGACCUGCUGCUGCUGGACGUGGCGCCGCUGUCCCUGGGAAUCGAGACGGCGGGGGGGGUGAUGACGGCCCUGAUACCGCGCAACACCACCAUCCCCACCAAGCAGACCCAGGUGUUCAGCACCUACUCCGACAACCAGCCCGGGGUCCUGGUGCAGGUCUACGAGGGCGAGCGGGCCCUGACCAAGGACAACAACCUGCUGGGCCGGUUCCAGCUGACGGGAAUCCCCCCCGCGCCGCGGGGCGUCCCGCAGAUCCAGGUCACCUUCGACAUCGACGCCAACGGCAUCCUGAACGUGUCUGCGGCCGACAGCGGCUCCGGCAGGGAGAACCGGAUCACCGUCAGCAACGACCGGGGCCGGCUGAGCCGGGAGGACGUGCAGAACCUGGUGCAGGAGGCCCAGAGGUUCCGGGCCGAGGACGACCGGCAGAGGGACCGGAUCGCCGCCAGGAACUCUCUGGAGUCCCUGGCCUUCGGCCUGCGGAGCAGCGUGCGGGACGGCGGCCUGAAGGGCCGGAUCAGCCAGGAGGACCAGGAGAAGGUUCUGGAGAAGUGUGAGGAGACGCUGGCCUGGCUGGAGGACAACCCGCUGGCCCAGGAAGACCAGUACCGGCACCAGCAGCAGGAGCUGGAGGCCGUGGUCAACCCCCUCAUCAGGGGGGCGGGGCCCGCCGGGACCUGCAGAGACCAGGCCCGGGCCGACACCCGGGGCCCCACCGUCCAGGAGGUCGACUAACGAGGCCCCCGGGGGGGACGCUGGUACCGGGACGGGGCUGGACCGGAAAACCGGCUCAUGGACCUGAAGCUGAUGCAGAUGUUUAUGUUUUAUUUUAGAGUAUAAAAGUUUGUUUUCAUGUUUUGUACAUAAUAAU